GGCAAAUAUAUUAACCGUUUUUAGUAUUUUUAAUUAUAAAAUUUAUGUGUUAAAGACGAUGCCACAUUUUCUACUAUCAAUUGAUCAAGAGAUAAAUACUUCAUCUCUGCUAGACCUCUACAAUCAGACCAGUAUGAAGGCUAAUUCUGCAACCCCUCUGCGUGUGGCCAGUUCAUUGGUGGGAAUUAAUAGUUUUCUUUUAUUUUUUUAAGCGUUAUUAAUUAACUGAAGACAUGUAAACGGUGAAAUCUUUCAAUAAGUCAGCUAGAGGAUUCUCUGGCUCUUUCUUCACGUUUGAGCUUUUCUUCUCUCUUACUCACGUGGUCCAAAAACAUUGUAGGCAUCCAAUUAUAUAAUUUACCUAUCCAAUAUUGUAUAUCAUAACUUGAAAAAAUAUAUAUUAAUUAGUAUAAACGUGAAUCAUGUUUACUGAUCACUAAAGAUUUUAUUUGAUAGGGCUAAAGCCCAUUAUCCCCUACUAUUUCGUAAUCAGUUUGUUUGGAUAUUUCUCCAAUUGAAGAAAGGUAAAUAAUGUUUAUUGUUCAAUAAAAAAUUUAUUUGGUUGGGCCUUAAACCUAUUAUCCCGACAAUAUUUUGAUAUGUUUCCUUGGAUAUUUCUUCAAUUUAAGCAAUAUUCAAAUGGCCAAUAAGAUCAAAACUAGCACAUACUUUUCUGUCAAUUUCACUAUCCCACAACUUUCCAGGCACAAUAUUGAAGCUUAGAUACAUUCUUUUAAUCGGCUUAUUAUAUCGGUUUGAUAUUGGAUUAGAGUGUUGGAAUCGAAUCACAAGUUGCAAAUUUACUGUAACUAAUCACUUCUUUGUUGAUUCCCCUGCUUCUAUACGAUAAUCCAUUGUCUAUGAUUUGCUGGGUUUUAUUUGAGUUAAUUUUCUAUAAAAAUAUCUAUACACAAUGAAGAAUUGGACAUUGUGGCAGGAAGUAAAUGUCUGACUGUCUGAGGAAGCAAUUAAUAGGAACAAUAGGAGGAAGAUAGUCAAUAUAGAGGGAGAGAUCAAAGAAUAUUUCAAGUAGAAACAAAAAAAUUUACGAUUAUUACCAAUCUAUGUACCCUGAUUUUGUAACAUGAAAUUAUAAACCUGCAUGCAACCACUCCAAAGAAAUAGACAAAAAAAUGGAGGGACUGGAGAGGUUAUGGAGCUUCUAGCCCCCAUCGUCUAGAGAGUGAGAGAUAGAGAGGUCGGCGGUAGAUCUGAUUAUUCUUUAUCAGAGAAGGCGGGUAUCCUGGAGUUGGGGAGGAGAGCAGAAAAUGAUAAGAGAGAGAGUGAGAAGCCCACUACUACCAUUUAUAAAUGAGUUCUCAAGCAGGUUCAGCUGGUCUGCUUUCAAUUUCUCUAGCAUGGUGGCGAAGAAGGACGGGCAAAAGUUAGUUGGGGUCGUAUGGCUAGACCACGAAAAGAGAGUCGUCAGUGGGAUUGCGAGAGCUUGCUGCCUGGAAUAAAGCUUGCACAGUCCGACUAGUAUGGUUGUUUCUGAUGAAGAGUGGGGCUAUCUGGGUUGCUUCGUUUCAGCAAUAUAAGGUGAAAACAAGUAGCAUUUGGACUCUCAAGGUUAGUCCAAGCAGUUCCUAGGUCUGGCGACGUAUUCUUAAGCUACCUUUGGAGGUUCAGCCUAAUGUGCAGGUACGAAAUGGUCAGGUUUUCUGGGCUAACUAUCUUAUGCCAGUUUGUAAGGUUUCUGAUGUAUGGGAGACCUUGCGUAUAAAGUAUAUUGUGGUAGAGUGGGGGAGUCUCAUUUGGAGUAAGUAUAAGAUUAUCCGGAAUAUUUUUUUUGGCUUUGAUGACUAUGGUGGAUGGUAUUGUGACCAAGGAUAAGUUGUUGAAAUGGGGGAAAGUGGUCAAUGGUUUGUGUGUGCUCUGUAAUGCAGAAAUGGAGCCUCGUGAUCAUAUGUUCUUUCGAUGUGUCUAUGCUCGUCGAAUGUUAGCAGAUUUGCAUUUUGGUUCUCUCUGUCGAGACUCUUGGGUAGCCAUAGUUGCACCGGGUAUUCAUAGUUGCAGGCGACCGAUAGCAGAUAGGGUUGAUGGUCUUAUUUGGUGCAUUUAUUGUGUAGGGUUAUGGAAAGAACGUUCUCGUUGCGUUCAUGGUACAUCAGUCAGGAUUGCGGAGGAACUUGUUAGGGAAACUAUUCUUGAUUUGAAUUUUGUGAGUAGGAACAAUGAGUGUCUAGAGGAGGGUUUGAGAGUUGUAGGCCUUGAUCAGGUGUAGAGGUUAAUAUAUUUGCCGUUGCCCACUCCUAUAUCAACUUAAUUUCACAAUUCUUGGGGGCAUGAUUAAUUUGGUGGUCCAUCAUAUUAUUUUGAUGCAACAGUUCUAUUCUCGCCUAUAUAAUUGAUCACGCGGCUGACAGAUAGCUAGCUAGUGAUGUCAAAGAUUUGAUUCUUUGAUUAGGUUUUGAAAUGUGUACUUUCAAAACUUAUUACAAGCGUCGGGAGGAGAUUGGAUGGGGGCGGUAAGGUUCGUACGUGUAAGGAUUGAAACCGUAUCGAGAGUACAUUGUACCAAAAAAAAAAAAAAAUCAACAUCCAUGCAUUUUGUCUUUAAGCCGUAGUUUAACCUUUUUAUGUCGUUAACAACUGUGGAUUAAUUUAGACUUUGAAAGGAAAUUUUUUGGGAUAAAUUCGUUGUAGUUUCACAAACACCGAUUUAUUUGAUGGAAAAUGUUCGCUUUCAACCUUUCAUGUCGUGCUCUGAUGCCUUUGCCAAAAUAUUGCAAUAUUCCAAACCCGUCUUUCUUUCUAUGCUAGACAAUUUGUUUUUAUAUUGAUAAGGAUGGUAUUAGUUUGUUUUUUUUUUGUGUAAGUACAAUUUAGUAGAUUCGAAUCUAAAACUUUCAAGUUCGAAACUAGUGGUGUUAUCACUAGACCAAACCUUGAUUCUUUAUGGUAGCUCAACUUUCACAAGUACAAAGAUAGGGCUUAUUGGAAGGGUGGGAUGCAUUGAUGGUGGUCCAUUGUUUGUUGGCAAUGGCAUGCAAAGAAAGCUAAGAGAGACAUUGAAGGGGCUUUGUACCAACUAUGGAGUAGAAAAAGAAUCUUUGAUCUCAGCUUUGUAGGUUCCAUUAUAUGCAUGUUUGAAGGGGUCUUGAAGCAACUAAAGAGUAAGGGAGAGGAGAUGACAGAGUUGAAAUUUGUAUUCAAUAAAGGAAACCAAAGGAAUUGCUAAGGGCACUCCAAUUUCUAGCUCCACUCCACCAACCUAACUGCUAGAGGUGGAAAGAGAUCUUAUCCGGUUAAAUUGUAGAGGAUUAACUCGAUUUAGAUUUUCAUUUCCGACGAAAAUGUAAACAUAAAAAUGGACUAUUACUUAUACGAUUUUAACCAAAAUUGGAUCAAAUAGUUCUAAUUACGGAGCGUAUGUGUAAGGAUCAAGGAUUGUGAAAUUAUAUUGAGAGUUAUAUGUACUAAAAAAAUUAAUAUGAUGGACCACCAAAUUAAUCAUGCCCCAAGAAUUAUAAAAUGAAGUUGAUAUAGGAGUGGGCAAGGGCAAAUAUAUUAACCGUUUUUAUUAUUUUUAAUUAUAAAAUUUAUGUGUUAAAGACGAUGCCACAUUUUCUACUAUCAAUUGAUCAAGAGAUAAAUACUUCAUCUCUGCUAGACCUCUACAAUCAGACCAGUAUGAAGGCUAAUUCUGCAACCCCUCUGCGUGUGGCCAGUUCAUUGGUGGGAAUUAAUAGUUUUCUUUUAUUUUUUUAAGCGUUAUUAAUUAACUGAAGACAUGUAAACGGUGAAAUCUUUCAAUAAGUCAGCUAGAGGAUUCUCUGGCUCUUUCUUCACGUUUGAGCUUUUCUUCUCUCUUACUCACGUGGUCCAAAAACAUUGUAGGCAUCCAAUUAUAUAAUUUACCUAUCCAAUAUUGUAUAUCAUAACUUGAAAAAAUAUAUAUUAAUUAGUAUAAACGUGAAUCAUGUUUACUGAUCACUAAAGAUUUUAUUUGAUAGGGCUAAAGCCCAUUAUCCCCUACUAUUUCGUAAUCAGUUUGUUUGGAUAUUUCUCCAAUUGAAGAAAGGUAAAUAAUGUUUAUUGUUCAAUAAAAAAUUUAUUUGGUUGGGCCUUAAACCUAUUAUCCCGACAAUAUUUUGAUAUGUUUCCUUGGAUAUUUCUUCAAUUUAAGCAAUAUUCAAAUGGCCAAUAAGAUCAAAACUAGCACAUACUUUUCUGUCAAUUUCACUAUCCCACAACUUUCCAGGCACAAUAUUGAAGCUUAGAUACAUUCUUUUAAUCGGCUUAUUAUAUCGGUUUGAUAUUGGAUUAGAGUGUUGGAAUCGAAUCACAAGUUGCAAAUUUACUGUAACUAAUCACUUCUUUGUUGAUUCCCCUGCUUCUAUACGAUAAUCCAUUGUCUAUGAUUUGCUGGGUUUUAUUUGAGUUAAUUUUCUAUAAAAAUAUCUAUACACAAUGAAGAAUUGGACAUUGUGGCAGGAAGUAAAUGUCUGACUGUCUGAGGAAGCAAUUAAUAGGAACAAUAGGAGGAAGAUAGUCAAUAUAGAGGGAGAGAUCAAAGAAUAUUUCAAGUAGAAACAAAAAAAAUUACGAUUAUUACCAAUCUAUGUACCCUGAUUUUGUAACAUGAAAUUAUAAACCUGCAUGCAACCACUCCAAAGAAAUAGACAAAAAAAUGGAGGGACUGGAGAGGUUAUGGAGCUUCUAGCCCCCAUCGUCUAGAGAGUGAGAGAUAGAGAGGUCGGCGGUAGAUCUGAUUAUUCUUUAUCAGAGAAGGCGGGUAUCCUGGAGUUGGGGAGGAGAGCAGAAAAUGAUAAGAGAGAGAGUGAGAAGCCCACUACUACCAUUUAUAAAUGAGUUCUCAAGCAGGUUCAGCUGGUCUGCUUUCAAUUUCUCUAGCAUGGUGGCGAAGAAGGACGGGCAAAAGUUAGUUGGGGUCGUAUGGCUAGACCACGAAAAGAGAGUCGUCAGUGGGAUUGCGAGAGCUUGCUGCCUGGAAUAAAGCUUGCACAGUCCGACUAGUAUGGUUGUUUCUGAUGAAGAGUGGGGCUAUCUGGGUUGCUUCGUUUCAGCAAUAUAAGGUGAAAACAAGUAGCAUUUGGACUCUCAAGGUUAGUCCAAGCAGUUCCUAGGUCUGGCGACGUAUUCUUAAGCUACCUUUGGAGGUUCAGCCUAAUGUGCAGGUACAAAAUGGUCAGGUUUUCUGGGCUAACUAUCUUAUGCCAGUUUGUAAGGUUUCUGAUGUAUGGGAGACCUUGCGUAUAAAGUAUAUUGUGGUAGAGUGGGGGAGUCUCAUUUGGAGUAAGUAUAAGAUUAUCCGGAAUAUUUUUUUUGGCUUUGAUGACUAUGGUGGAUGGUAUUGUGACCAAGGAUAAGUUGUUGAAAUGGGGGAAAGUGGUCAAUGGUUUGUGUGUGCUCUGUAAUGCAGAAAUGGAGCCUCGUGAUCAUAUGUUCUUUCGAUGUGUCUAUGCUCGUCGAAUGUUAGCAGAUUUGCAUUUUGGUUCUCUCUGUCAAGACUCUUGGGUAGCCAUAGUUGCACCGGGUAUUCAUAGUUGCAGGCGACCGAUAGCAGAUAGGGUUGAUGGUCUUAUUUGGUGCAUUUAUUGUGCAGGGUUAUGGAAAGAACGUUCUCGUUGCGUUCAUGGUACAUCAGUCAGGAUUGCGGAGGAACUUGUUAGGGAAACUAUUCUUGAUUUGAAUUUUGUGAGUAGGAACAAUGAGUGUCUAGAGGAGGGUUUGAGAGUUGUAGGCCUUGAUCAGGUGUAGAGGUUAAUGUGGGUUGCUUUUUUGUUUGAUUGUAGAAUGUUGAUAUUUCUUUUACAAGGCUGCUCAGUAUAGGCUUUCCUUCGUUGCAUCGGUCGCCAUUUGUACUUUGCAAAUGGUUUUGGGUAAUGAAAAGUAACUGAUUCA